UGAUCUAAAGAAUCGGAUUUUUUUACGAAUCCACUUAUUGUGUUUUCCAGAGUAUACUGAACUGAUAGAGUCAAUAGAAAGUGGGCAAGUGUAAAUUCUCGUUUCAAAUGCUCUGAAAGUAUGUAACCAUUAAAUGUUCUGAAAGUAUGUAACCACAUUUAUGGUGAACGAACCGUAACAGAAUUGAGCAUGCUACGUCUAAUGUGUGAAAAGGAAGCAUUUUGUGUGGAUAUAACACACAUUUUGUGGCAUUGUUGUUAACCACAGAUUAGUUUAUCAUUUAAGUACGACUAACAAUAUCAGGAGGGGCGAAAUUAAGCAGGCUAGACGUGGUCGUCAGCAGCAUACUAAUGGUAACAGGUAAAAAAAACUUUUUCACAGAUAAAAUAGGUGCACACGUCGUAAUAGUAUUCCAUGCAUUGUGGUAUUUUUAUACUUUAUAAACUUACUCGUUUUACUUCAUGAAAUAAUUAACAGACUAACGUGUGCAUUUACCUAAACGAGCUUAUAAAUGCAGUGUAUGUACAUAAUGUGGUAUUUGAAUACAUAUUUUAAAACAAUGGCAAUCAAUUGAAAGUCACUAUUCAUGACACAAUGCGCUCGUGAAUUGUUUGUAUAUUUUCUGUCACAACUCAAAAAAAUACGCAAGAAUUUUUUAAGUAGUGAUGGAACUUUACUACCUACGACUCGUAGACUCGUGACACCAUGCCCGCAGAACAUUUAUCAUCGCAAAAUUUUUGCAUAAAAUACAUUUCACUUCCUUGUAUGUCCCUGGAUAUAUAGAGGCUGCGCGUCGGUCAUUUGACAGUGUGUUGAAAACCCCAAUCAAUAAAUCAUGGUCACUCUCCUGAUCUUCACUUUCCUGCUGAAUCAAGCAUUUGUCUCGGCUCAGACUUGUGGUUUUUCUGCGACUCCACAAAACCGCAUUGAGGGUGGUAAUGAGGCCACUCCUCACAGCUGGCCUUGGCAGGUCUCUGUGCAAUACUACAAUUCAACGACAAACGCAUGGUACCACUUUUGUAGUGGAACCCUCAUCGCCCCACAGUGGGUUCUCACAAGUGGCAGCUGUGCCAAGCAGACGUAUUAUCUACGAGUAGUGCUUGGCAAGCACAAUAUAUACCAGCAGGAGGCUGGGGCAAAUGUUGCAGAAGCCUACCUAACUGCUUACCAUUCCGGAUUUAACUACACCAGCCUCGAAAAAGACAUUGGAUUGAUUAAGCUGAAAGCACCGGUGACGUCGGACAUUGGAAUACAGUUCGCCUGCCUUCCCAGUGACAAUGAGCGACUGUCAUCGGCAAGCAGAUGCUACGUCAUCGGCUGGGGCUCCAAAACAAAAAAUGGUUUACUUACCAGCACGCUCCAGCAAGCCAACCUACCAGUGAUUGACGACAACACAUGCAACACAUUUUGGGGUUUUCAAUUACCUGCAAACACAACAUGUGCUGGUGAUGGAUCAAGCGGUGCAUGCGAUGGUGAUUGGGGUGGACCGCUACUAUGUCUGAAGAGUGACAAUUCAUGGGUUCUGCAUGGCGUUGUUACAUUUAUAUCAAAACGGAGUUGUAAAGAUUACUAUGUGCCUACAGUCUUCACUCGUAUAUCUGCCUACAUUCCCUGGAUUCAAAACGUGAUGGCGCGUUAUUAAACUCGGAAGGACAUUCUUGUGGCCGAUGAACUGUACCAUCAAGAUGGUCAUCGCCGUCUUAACACAUACCGGUUCAUUGAUAUUUACAUCAUGUUUCUUGAAAUAUUAACACAAGCUUGUUUAAUCUAAUCUGAAUCAAAAAAUGUUGUUUACAUAUAUAAAGGAAACAGCUGGUAACAAUGUAUAUUCUUGUUUUAAACACUGAAAGUUACGUAACCACAUGGCGAAUUAACCGUGAAAGAAUUGUGCAUGAUACAUCUAACAUGUGAAAACGACAUAUUUGAUGUGAGUUUAACACGUAUAGCAAAUCUGUACAUGGAAAACUUUGAAAUAAGAGCACUUGCCUCGAGCACA